AUGCGCUUCCCCCUCACGGAAACGGCUUUUUUCCUCGGCUCACGUGAGCCGCUCGCUCUUCCUCCCGUCCCCUUGGCAACGGCGCCCUCUCCUCCCGCCCUCCCUCCCUCCCGCGGGUCCGACGGAGAGGCGCCGGCAGCGCGCUCGGCGACGCGUCCCGCGAUUGGCUGCUGCCGGCGGCGCACGCUGAUUGGCCGCGGGCGGCCCCCAGUGCGCCUGCGCCGGCGGCCCGCCGUCUCCGCCUUCCCUCGCCGACAUGGAGCGCGCCGGCGCCGCGCCGGAAGAGCCGCGCCGGGCCGCCUGCGUGGGUGUCACGUGGGAGCGGGGAGGAGGAGCCCCGCGAGGUGGACCGCCCCUGACGCCCCCCUCUCUCUCUCUCCCCCGCAGCCACCAAGCGCCGCCCGCCCGUCGCGCCCGCCCCGCCGCCGCCGCCGCCGCCCGGCCUCCCGGCCCCCAGCCCGGCCCCCCGGACGGAGCCCACGCGGCUCUUCGAGGACACCAGCGCCGGCGCCUUCCUGGCCGAGCCCGUCUCCAGCUUCGCCGCCGCCUACGGGAGCAGCCUGGCCAGCCAGGGCAAGGAGAUCGUGGGCAGGAACGUGAGUGGCGCUCCGGGGCCUGAGCAGAGGGACCCCCGCGGAGCGCCCCUUCGGCCCAGACCAGGACCCGCCCAGGUCCCCCCCCGAAAUGGCAGGAAGGGACCCCGGGGGGCCAUCUAGUCCAGCCCCUGCCAGGCAGGAAUCCCAACUCAUCCAUAUGAUCAGUUGCAUGGCAUUCACUACCAGGAGUGCAGGGUGGCAGCGGUGGUUCUCCCGGCCUCCUCGCUUAAUCCUCACCACAACCCUGUGAGGUAGGCUGGGCAGAGAGAGAGGCAGUGCUUUGCAACAAAAGAAAUCCCCUUCAGACACUUGAUGUAAUAAUAAUAAUAAUAAUAAUUUUAUUAUUCAUACCCUGCCCAUCUGGCUGGGUUUCCCCAGCCACUCUGGGCAGCUUCCAACAAAACACUAAAAUACAAUAACCUAUUAAACAUUAAAAGCUUCCCUAAACAGGGCUGCCUUCAGAUGUCUUCUAAAAGUCUGGUAGUUGUUUUCCUCUUUGACAUGUGGUGGGAGGGCGUUCCACAGGGUGGGCGCCACCACUGAGAAGGCCCUCUGCCUGGUUCCCUGUAACUUGGCUUCUUGCAGCGAGGGAACUGCCAGAAGGCCCUCGGAGCUGGACCUCAGUGUCCAGGCAGAACGAUGGAGGUGGAGACGCUCCAUCAGCGGCUCCUCUUUCCUCUCUGCUCACGCUCUGCUUCUGCCGCUUCUCCCGCCCUCCCAGAUCGACCGCUUUGUCCCCGUGACCAAGCUGAAGUACUACUUUGCUGUGGACACCGUCUAUGUGGGCAGGAAGCUGGGGCUGCUCCUCUUCCCCUUCCUGCACCAGGUGAGCUGCAAAGGGCCCCGGCUAAGGCGGGAUGGGGGGGAACUGCGGGGAUCAGUCUGCUCCCAGCUGCCCCCUGCUGUGGCUUUGAGGCUCAGGCCAGGGCUCCUUUCCCUGUGCCACCCCAGCCCCUUUGCCCACCCUGGUCUCUGGGCGGCAGGAGCCCGUUGGGAGCCUGUGGGGGUUCUUGGCUGUCUUUGGCAGGACUGGCAGGUGCAGUACCAGCAGGACACCCCCGUGGCCCCCCGCUUUGACGUCAAUGCUCCCGACCUCUACAUUCCAGGUACGGCAGGUCCCUGGGGGUCCCUGGGGUGGCUGGGGGGAGGUGCCCCUGGGGAGGGAAAUGGUGACAGGGCUGAGCGCCAGUCUCUCCCAUGGCUAAGGAGCCCUUUCCCUCCGCAGUCAUGGCGUUCAUCACCUACAUCCUGGUGGCAGGGCUGGCGCUGGGGACUCAGAACAGGUGAGAGGAUUUAGGGAUCGCCUUUCUGCUGGCAUUCCUAGAGAAGGCGGGGCAAGGCAGCUCCCCCAAACGCUGCUGAGCUUCCCAGGAAGAUCUGGACCCCAUCCUCAUUUCCGGGCCGCUUCAGCCCAAACUGGCCUGGCAUCCUGCAAAAAAUCCCAGGAUGUGUAGCUUGUGAAGGAUGCUGAGUGUUGUCAAUGUUUGUUUUUCUUUUUAGUGUUUAUGUUAUUAACUUGUAAGAAGAUAUGGAUUCGGUUUUUGUUGUUGUUGUCUUGAAUGUUGGUUUUUAUGUUUUGUGUAUUGUUAUUUUUUGAUAUUUUUCGUGUUGUUGUAUGGAAAAUACCAAUAAUAUAUAUAUGUAUAUGUAUAUAUAUGUAUAUAUAAAUAUCUAAAAAGAGAGUUGUUAGGAACCCCGUAGCUCUGGGAGGGGAUAAGGGGUCUCCUAUCAGCUCCCUUAGAACAGUCCUCUAUCUAGUCCAGCCCCCUGCAGUCCAGGAAUCACAGAGUCCCUGACAGUGGCCACCCAACCUCUGCUUAAAAAGCUCCAAGGAAGGAGAGCCUGCCCCUUCCGCUGUGGACAGGCUCUUACUGUCAAGAAUAUUUUCCGAAAGUUUAGUUGGAAUCAGGGAAGAGGCGUGAGAGGGUGUGGGGCUGUGAGGCCUGGGCGGUUUGGGUGGCCAGGGAGCCCCUCCCUCAAUACUCUCCCUCACCCGCCCCUUGCAGAUUCUCCCCCGACCUCCUGGGCCUGCAGGCGAGCUCAGCCCUGGCCUGGCUCAUUGUUGAGGUGCUGGCCAUUCUCCUCAGCCUCUACCUGGUCACCGUCAACACGGACCUCUCCACCAUUGACCUGGUGGCCUUCUCAGGGUACAAGUACGUUGGGUGAGUAACCAGGAGGCGAGGGCAGCCUGAUCCAGCCGGGGGGGGGCAGACUGAGCCCCUCUCGAUGUUGGAUAUUUUAUUGUUUUUAAUAUCCUGUUGGAAGCCGCCCAGAGUGGCUGGGAGGCUCCGCCAGAUGGGUGGGGUAUGAUGAUGAUGAUGAUGGGCUGGGGAAGAGCCCGGCUCUGGGCCUGACGCUUCUCCCCUCCUGUGACAGGAUGAUCGUUGGCCUCCUGGCUGGGCUGCUCUUUGGGAAGACGGGAUAUUACCUGCUGCUGAGCUGGUGCUGCCUCACAAUUUUUGUCUUCAUGGUAAGAACUUCCAGGAAGUGUUUGGUGGGGGGUCAUUUCCCAAACUCUUCUGCACUUGUUGAGCAUUUUACACAGGAGGAGCCGGCCUCGUCUCAGGCUCUGCGUUGGCCUCCAGUAACAGCAGCUUUUUACCAGUUUUGUUACGGGAUUUAGGGCAGGGAGGCUGGUUCUGCCACACACUGAGCAGAGCUGAGGGAGUGCCACAACUAUGGUGUAGCAGCGCAUGUGCAGAGCGGAAGGCAAGAGGUGGGGGGCAGGUGUUGAAUUUUGGCCUCGCACAGGGCAGCGCUGAAAUUUGAAAGGCCAAAGGUCUGCCCCUGACUAUGGCCCUUCCUGGACAAGGACAGCCUGACCACUGUAGUCUGUGCAUUGGUAACUUUGAGGCUGUGUGUGUGUGUGUGUGUGUGUGUGUGUGUGUUUAGUCGUGUCCGCCUCUUCGUGACCCCCUGGACCAGAGCACGCCAGGCCCUCCUGUCUUGCACUGCCUCCCUCAUGCUGGUAGUUUUGAGAACACUGUCCCACCAUCUCGUCCUCUGGCGUCCCCUUCUCCUUGUGCCCUCCAUCUUUCCCAACAUCAGGGUCUUUUCCAGGGAGUCUUCUCUUCUCAUGAGGUGGCCAAAGUCUUGGAGCCUCAGCUUCAGGAUCUGUCCUUCCAGUGAGCACUCAGGGCUGAUUUCCUUCAGAAUGGAUCGGUUUGAUCUUCUUGCAGUCCAUGGGACUCUCAAGAAUCUCCUCCAGCACCGUAACCUUGAGGCUAGAUUACUGCAAUGUGCUCUACGUAGGGCUGCCCUUGGCUUCGGUCUGAAAGCUCCAACUGUGCAAAAUGUGACAGGGGCCUCCGGCUGAGAACACCUGUUGAACGGCUUCCCUGGCCACUUAACACAAGAAGAGCCCUGCUGGAUCCGGCCAGUGGCCCGUCUGGUCCAGCAUCCUCUUCUCACGCUGGCCAACCAGAUUCCCCAAAGGGAAACCCUCAGUUAGGGUAGAGCCACGCCGUCUCCCCUCCUGUGGUUUCCAGUAACUGGGCUUCUGAAGCCUCGCUGUGGAGAGCAGAGCUGUUGUGGCCGGUAGCCAUCAGUCGCCCUCUUCUCCGUGAAUUCGUUCCUUCGGAGCCGGGUUCAAAGUCCUUGUGUUGCUCUAGAAAGACCCUGAAGCCUUUGGUCCCAGCUCAGUCACUGAGAUCACCUGCAGGAGUGUCGUUGGCCAUUCCCCAAGUUGGAGAUCCUCACUUGAUAACAAGGAACUGCGCCUUUAGCGCCUAGUCCUGUGGAACGCUCUGCCACUGGAGAUUCAAGAGGCACCUUCUGUGCCAGCUUUUAAACACCCGCUGAAACCUUUUCUGUUCCGCCAGUCGUAUACCAGCAGCUAAGAAUACUUCCUUCUAGAAUAACCAAUUGCUGUCAGUUUGUAACUUUUUUGGUGGGUUUUAUUGCAUGGCUUUAUUACUGCAAACCCCUCUGAGGUGUAAAAGCAGUAUGCAGAUGGCCUAGAAAUAAAACUGCGCCCGUUGCGAGUCCCCAGGCAGGCAGCGCCUCUGUGUCCCUCCCUGCACUCCGCCCCUGAUUCACCUUUUCCUGUGGCUUUUCCAGAUCAGGACCCUGCGCCUGAAGAUCCUGUCGGAGGCAGCGGCCGAGGGGGUGCUGGUGCGGGGAGCCAAGAACCAGCUGCGCAUGUACCUGACCAUGGCUGUGGCCGGCCUGCAGCCGCUCAUCAUGUACUGGCUCACCUUUCACCUCAUCUACUGACGGACGGGUCUGCCAAGGGGGCAGGGCGGGGAUCCUCACUCCUGGUUGGGGUCUGUGUGGCAGGCUGGACAUAGACCUGGCCUGGAGCCACUGUGGCUCUGGCUUCAGCGACCUCAGGGUGGGUGGAUGUUGUCAGGGGUGGGUGGGCAGCCGGAGCCUGUUUGUAGAUGGGGGUGGGGUGCUCCGACAGGGGUCCCAGGCAGGCUUCCACUGAGCUCCCUCUGCCUGGGGGGCAGCAUCCUUUUCCCACCCCCCUUUGCAUGCCAGAGCCCUUGUGAUCACUGCACACCACUGGCGUUCUCCCCCCGUGCGCCAGGUUUUGCUGCUUGCGAGCAACUCAGUAUUACUACGGAGGGCGGGGGAGGCUGUCGGGGGGGGGGUUUAUGGAGCAGCCGCCCGACACCUGCCUCCCCCCCACCAGCCCACAAGCUGCUUGCUUCUCUGUUCAACUUCACAGCCUUUGGUGCUGUACACACAACACCAGCCCAAUAAAGAAUAAAACCUGCACCGGGG